UGAAACAUUAUUGGGAAAGGAACGAAGAUUGAUCCAGGGGAAGAAGAGCUUGUGAUGGAAAGCGCUUAAUUUUCCAUUUCCUGUCGAUUCAGUGCUUUUGAUUCGUGCUGCUUCGUAAUAUGUACAACGGAAGUGGGAUGAAGAAUUUAUAUCCAUCGUGUAAAGUUUUGCUUAUUUUUUUGACAAUGAUUUCUUCUGGGAUUUGUCGAAAGAAUCUCAAGUUCAAAUUGAUCAAUAUUGCUGGUAUGUGGCCAAAAAGAAGAAGUCAGCAUAAAUAACACAAGGUGAGAGUAAAUAUUUCGUCUGUUUUCUGAGUUUUUAUGAUUUUAUUUGGACCGAAUUUCUUUCUCUCUAUUGCUCCUCGUGGUAUUGCUCUAGCUGGAGAAGAGUGUGUACUUGUUUGGUUGCUCCGUCGAGUGUCCUUUCACAACCGUAGUGUUUCGUAUGUUUUCCAUUGUCAGUUGAAUGACAUCAUGGUCCGCAGCCUGGAGUGUGUCAGUGAAGUUUUGUGUUUACACUAGUAGCCUCCACUACUCCACUGCUAUCCCAUUUGGAGCCCUCGAGUGGAAUGAAGUGUUAUUACCCGCUGUCCAAAGCAAACCGGAAUACAGCUUUGAAACGAUACAUGACAAACAAAACAAGGAGCGCUCUGUAAACAGUCCUGUUUGAUCGUUAACAGGGCAUCCACAACCGCGAAAACAACGACCAUGCAGCAGCCAUCGUUUAAAGUGAAUUAUUUACGCAAAUUGAGCAAAAUAUGGAUACAGAUUUAUCUACCCGUGUUGAUACUGAGUGCGCAUGUCCUGGUCGUGACAUCUCAGCAGCAACCUCAAAAAACAACAGCAGCAUAUGCAGCAACAACAAAAAGUGUUACAGCAGCGGCAACAAUCACCGACCAAUUUACCGCCAUCGUCACAGAAACGAGAUUGUGGACGGUAACGCCAAACCCGACGUACCGAAUCGACGGGAGCCGGGUCAGUUUUGUGGCGAGUCGGAGCAACCGCAAACAUUCAUCAUCACCAAAACGAAUGCCGUCAAAAUUGUCCUUCGCACCGAUAAUUUUACCGAGCUGGCCUAUUUUGCUUUUGAAUCCCGAGCUGAGCAGCAGAUGGAAGUGUUCAAUCGAUACGGUCCCCAUCCGAAGCUCUAUCCAAUCCGUUGAAGAGGUGAUGUGAUCAAGAGAUGAGUGAGGUUUCACAAGGGAAUUUUCACGGGGAAUGCUUGUCCAAACCUU